AUUGGCUCUGAGGACCAGGGGUACGGGUGGGGCGCUUGCCCGACCCGGCUGCUGCUGCAUGAAACAGAGUUCUCUCUUUCUCUCUCGCUUUUUCGCGUUUGCCGCCUCCAUGUUGAGCAGGCCUCGGGGCUGGGAGGGCGAGGGUGUCUAGUGUACUUGGCGCUCCCGGGUCUCCGAAGAGCGUGGCCUGGCAGACUCUGCCUUAGUGGCUGGGAGGGAGUGUUGAAUGCGUGCAUAGGGACCUGAGGGGCGGGUGAGCAGUUGUGGCCGCUGCUGCCGCUGGUAAAGCGUGGGUGGUUCGGCUCGACUCUGCCUGGGGCUGAGGAGAGCCUCCGUUCCGGAGCCUCUGCUGAUUGGUGGCUCUAGUUGCCGAGGUAGCUGCGGGGUGUGCAGCCUUGGCUUUUCACCCUCCGGAGGCGGAUUGCCUGCCUAGGCAUUGGGAGGAGGGCGUGUUGGCCCCACGUGUGGGAUUCUCCGUGGAAGAGCCGCAGUCCUCGGCUGGUGGCUCUUUUGAGGGGGACUGUUGUGAGGACAGUAGAAGAAGAAAGAGGGUGGUUUUGCCCCACCACAGCGAGGGUGGUUGGGGAAAACUCAGUCGGUUUGGGUUGCUUUGGGGCUUUUGGGGGUGCUCACAGUCCCCUGUUAGGGUUGGGUCCCUGCGGAGGUUGAGUUGGGUCCGAAGGUCUCGUCUCCCCAUUCACACAUGCACUCGCUGAAGGCUGUCUGGGUCCCUGAGAAAAAUUCCUUGCAGUCCCUUUGCCAGAAGAGGCACAGGGUGUGCAGGAGGAGGGUUGUCUGAAGUGGCAGGCUUUUGUUUACAAAUGUGGUGGGGUGCCUAAGAAGGCUGCACCCGCUGGAAGAGGAUGGGUACUUGGCAUUUGUGGUUUUCCUCCACGUGGCCAGUGUUGCUUUAAAGGGGUGGCUCUGGGAUAGGCAUGGUGUCUGAAAACCUGCCAGGGGCAUCUUAGUGUGCAUUUGAACGGUCUGGAGAAGUUAUCUCUCUGCCUGCAGCUAGUAAGCUCCUGAGGUGCAGUACAAACAUGGCUUGGGCUCUGAAGCUACCUCUAGCGGAUGAAGUCAUCGAGUCGGGCCUGGUUCAGGAUUUCGAUGCCAGCCUCUCGGGUAUUGGCCAAGAGCUGGGCGCUGGAGCCUAUAGCAUGAGUGAUGUCCUUGCCCUGCCCAUCUUUAAGCAAGAAGAAUCCAGUUUGCCUCCUGACAAUGAGAACAAAAUCCUACCUUUUCAGUAUGUGUUAUGUGCUGCUACUUCCCCUGCUGUGAAACUGCAUGAUGAAACUCUCACCUAUCUCAAUCAAGGUCAGUCUUAUGAAAUCAGAAUGCUGGACAACAGGAAAAUGGGGGAAUUGCCUGAGCUAAAUGGGAAACUUGUAAAGAGUAUAUUUAGAGUGGUGUUCCAUGAUCGGCGGCUUCAAUAUACAGAGCAUCAACAGCUGGAAGGCUGGAGGUGGAACCGGCCAGGCGAUAGGAUACUGGAUAUUGAUAUUCCGAUGUCUGUGGGUAUAAUUGAUCCCAGGGCAAACCCCACACAACUGAAUACUGUUGAGUUUCUGUGGGAUCCUUCAAAGAGGACUUCUGUAUUUAUUCAGGUGCACUGCAUCAGUACAGAGUUCACUAUGAGGAAGCAUGGUGGAGAGAAGGGUGUGCCAUUCCGAGUCCAGAUUGACACCUUUAAGGAGAAUGAGAAUGGGGAAUACACAGAACACUUGCAUUCUGCCAGCUGCCAGAUCAAAGUCUUCAAGCCCAAAGGAGCUGACAGGAAGCAAAAGACAGACCGAGAGAAAAUGGAGAAGCGAACUCCUCAUGAGAAGGAAAAGUACCAACCUUCAUAUGAGACUACCAUACUUACAGAGUGUUCUCCAUGGCCUGAGAUCACUUAUGUCAAUAAUGUGCCAUCCCCUGGCUUUAGCAGCUCCCACAGCAGUUUCUCCAUCAGUGAAGGAAAUGGGUCUCCAAACCACCAGCCUGAACCUCCUGCUCCAAUUACGGAUAACCUCCUGCCAACAUCCACACCUCAGGAAGCUCAGCAGUGGCUGCACCGGAAUCGCUUCUCAGCUUUCUCACGGCUUUUCACAAAUUUCUCAGGGGCAGAUUUACUGAAAUUAACCAGGGAAGAUGUCAUCCAGAUAUGUGGCCCUGCAGAUGGCAUCAGACUCUUCAAUGCAUUAAAGGGACGGAUGGUACGGCCAAGGCUGACCAUCUAUGUCUGCCAAGAGUCACAGCAACUAAGGGACCAGCAGAAGCAUGAAGAUGGAGAUGCAGCCAACAAUACUUUCUUUGUUUACCAUGCUAUCUACUUAGAAGAACUGACUGCUGUGGAGCUGACAGAGAAAAUUGCCCAACUCUUCAGCAUUUCCUCUCAACAAAUCAGUCAGAUCUACAAACAAGGUCCUACAGGGAUACAUGUCCUCAUCAGUGAUGAGAUGAUACAGAACUUUCAAGAUGAAUCAUGUUUUGUCUUGGAUACAAUGAAAGCUGAAACCAAUGAUAGUUACCACAUCAUCUUAAAAUAGAUGAGGACUUGAAUUUGCUGCAUCUUCUCUCAUGCACACAGCUUCAUUUGCCUGUUUUGGCACAUGGACACUAACAGAGACCCACAAAAGCAACUGGAAUUCAUCUUGCUUCCAUAGCAUGUUGCCUUCUGUUAGGUGAACAACCUGUACCAUUGCUGGCAUGCUGUAGACGUCCUUUGUAAGCCCACAGCUGCUUGUUGGGAGUUCCAUGACAUGGCUACACCCACUUGCCUGUUAAAACUGCCACACUGACCAGUGAUGGAUUUGCAAUUAUAUAUAAUGGGGGUAAGGGGGACAUUUGCCUGCAAAGUGCAACUGCUACAUUUUUUAUAGGUGACGCUAGGUGGUUGUGAUAGAUGCUCUGGGCACCCCUAAAGAAGUGAGCAUCCAUUCUAAGGAACCUCUUGAUAGUCUACCCAGCUGUUCAACCCCCUGGGGUAUGUAUAUGGCUAAUACAGCCUAGGAGGUUUUCAAGGUUUUUUGGCCAAUGUGAGGUAGAGACUUCGUUCCUAUUCUGAUUUUCAGACCUUGUUUUAGGUAGGGGUGUAUGUGUGCACACACCUGCCCAAGUGUGACUGAUAUGUAGCUGUAUUCUCUGCUAGUAUAAGUUAGAAGAUCUCAUGUCUUGUGAAAUCUAGCAUCCAUCAGGCUGCCUGUGACUACUCUGCACUCCAAUUGAAGAGACUGCACAUGCAAAAUAAUAAAAUUGCUAUCCUGAGCUGUUAAGUAACACAACUCACUAAGACAGAGGGGAAAAGGUGCAUGUUAAACAACAACCUUGUGGAAUGCUUAUUUGGAAUAUGUAGAAUUGAUGUAGGUCUUUGAAUGAAAUCCCACCGGAGACCAGUUACAUUAUCCAAGAAACAACUCAUCUAGCUAUAGUCUAUAGCACUUACAGAAAAGCCUGUGAAAGCUCCCUGGGUGACAAAAGUGCCUACUUGUCCAUUUCUAACAACCAGUCUCUUAGGUAAAGGCUUCUGAAAUGGAUGCCAAAAUGUAUUUUUAGAGCCUUGGAGAAAACCAUGGGGAUCUGUUAACAGCUUUAGCGAUGAUACUCUUAAAGUCACAGGAGGACAACUUGUCUGAGGGGGAAAAGCCCACGUACUUCUAGCCUUCCAGCCCCUCCACCCCCCAAGCAAAGAGACAAAUCUCUGGAUGAAGCUGCAAACUCAUAUGUCACAGUGUGCAAUGCACAAUUAAGUCUUCAUAGAUAUUGCAGUGGCCAUAGAGCUGGAAGCUGAUGCAGGCUGUGCUCAACCUAAGCUGGAGAGGUGGGAAAAAUAACUUUCAUUUUAUUAAAUUAAAAGCUAGUUAAUAUUUUUCUCAGUACUAGAUUAUUUGAGGGUUUUGCAAAUCAUUUUUACUUGGUAUUUUUACCAGAAUGUAAUGAACUUUUAUUUAAAUAAAUUAGGUUUAGUAUGUUGUCUCGCAAGGAGGCAGGAAACUGGGUCAGGUCAAGUGAAAUAAAGUCAAUGAAGAAAAACAAACUCUAGCAGUUGUGUCUCUACAGCUUUUAAGCAGAAAUGAAAAUGUUAAAUCUUGUCAUAUAUAUGCCAAUAAAAAUCACGUUGUCAGUCAAUCAGUUGCCUUUGGUGCUGGGAGUGUACAGCUAUGACAUAGCCUCCCUCCAGAAUGGAAACCAGCCAAAGUUGGGAUUCCUUGUUUAAAGGAAUACCAAGGCUCUGCAAUCAACAAUUUGUACUCUUCAGCAGAAUGCUCGGUCAGACUUGAAAUAGUGAUGGAGCCACUAUUUGAAAUGGCCCAGAGGAGUUCACAUUUUAGUGGUCCCUGUUUUGAACAAAGCCAAAUUUACUCAUCUCAGCUCCUGGUAAUGACCAUAUGACUGGUUGGUAUGCAGAAACAUAUGCUUACUCUUUCUGCUACAGUUAGGCUAAGCAGUUAACUGAAAGAGAUCCACCCCCAAUUGAACCCUAGAGCUGUAAAUUGGCCUCUGCCUAGCAAUAAUCAAAGAUGGGUGCAGGCCAAAUGACAGAGCUUACACUCUGGUGGUUCUGUUGUAUCUGUUGAGACAAUAGUGACCUACUUCUGCCACUAUGAUCUCAGUCCAAUAAAGCAUGAUUUAUUGGAUCAGAGAGGAACUGUGUGCCCAUACACUUGUCCCUUUCCUUUCCCUGAAGAAAUCCUGGUGUCUUAAGCUACAGUUUCUUGUUACUUUUUGAACUUGGAAACUAGUUUAAAGGGCGCCAUUCCAACUUGGAUAUGAAACUAGAUCAGUCCGAGACCAUGACUUCCGAACUGGCUAUUGUCAUCCGCUCUCUGUCUAGUCUUCUCAGCAGGAUGUAACUUUCAGUGCAUAGUGGCAGCAUAAUUUUUUACUUUCCUGCUCCCCAAACCUAUGUUUCAAGAACACCUGGAUGGUGUGUGGGUGUGUGUUUUCCUGCAAGCAUCAGUGAAGGUAGCUCAUAAGUUUGCCAUUCUUUCUGGUGUAAUGGUUUGUGUUAUGUAUAUUUGUUUUUUGCUAAACUAUAAACUACAACAUGGCUGUG